AUGCGCCAGGUUACCUAUUUUACAAUAUAUAGUAUAAAACAAAAAGAAUAAGCUAAAAAUAAAAAUGAAGAAAAACUUAUUUAGAUUAUAGAUAAUAAAAAACUCACUGGUUUAAAGGUUUCUUAUUUUUCUUAGGAAACUCCUUAAUUUUUGUGUGAACCACUAGAACAUAACUCUAAAAUUCAAACAAAAAUUCUCAAAUUUGAAAAUCUUCUUGAUGAAUUCUUUGGAUUAAAAGUUUUAAACAAAAUAAACAAUUGCUACAACUAAAAAGCUAUGAAGAAAUUCUACUUAUAUAAAACCCCAUAUAUCCUCACUUUAGUCUUAAAGAAAUUAGCCUAAGAUGAAAACAAUGGGUUAGAAAAAGUCAAAUUCUAUGUUGAUAUUCCAGCCAGAAAUUAUAAAUGCUGA